UCUCUCCUCUUCUUGCUGAUCUAUGUAUGCCCUUCAUUUUCCUCAUACUAUAUUCAGAUCUAAUUUUUAUAUGUUCUUGCAUUUCUGUUGAAUCGAGAUUCAUCUUCUUUUCGGGAUAAAUUUCUUUUCCUAUCUUAAUCGAUUUGCUCUCGCUUUCUAUUUUCAGAUUCGCAUCUCUUCUUUGCCUUGAUUCCAAUCCUUCAAUUUCUUGUCUUUGAGUUUUGUUUUUUUUAUAUGUUUACUUGUUCCGGUUUCAUAAGAACAUAUCUUUAUCAAGAUUUCGAGGUGAUUACAGAUGUUGGGAACUUCUUUUGGAGUGCGAAUUAUAGAUUUUUGUGUUUUUUGGCUUUGAGUGUUUUGUUUUCUUUUGUUCCCUAAUUUUUGGGGUUGUGCAAGUUAGUUCAUUAUCCUUGAAGUUCUUUUCCCUGGCUUAUAUCGUCUUACUUUGGAUAUCGUCUAGUGCAUAUGUUAGUAGUUUCUGUGUUAAACCUACUGUUCAAUCGCUAGGUAAUUAUCGACUGAUAGAUUGUAUUUGACAUCGGUAUCUUUUUCUUUCGUUAUAAAUUUUGAAGGGAGCAGUUUCUACCAUUUAAUUUUCUUUAUAUCCAGUGUUUCGGAUGGUUGCACUUUCACGGUACAAAUUUCAUUUUAAUAGUUUUAGUAUACACACUUUGCGCGGGUAUUUUACCUUCAAAUACCACAUAUUCAUGUAGUUUACAAUUUUUGUGACAGCUCUUCAUUAUCGAUUAAUAUAUUCUGUACAAUUACAUUGUUUUUCCUCAUCUGUAAUUUGAUCUCACUAUCACUUGGGCUCCCAAUUACUUGAUCUUGUUUAUGCAUUAAGCUUGUUGCAGAAGAUUUUGUGCCACUGCCAAAUCGGUCCUUAACAAAACUGUGGUUGAGAAUGAAAAUUGAUUUAUAUUCCCUUCCCUUUUUCCACCACUUAUCUCCUCAUCUAUUGUUAAUCUGGUGUUUGAAGUGUAUAUUUCAGAUAGAAGUGAUUGACCCUCGGGAAAAGAAAAAAAAAAUGUUAAAAGUGAUUGACACUGGAUAGACUUCAGUCAGCUCUGCUACUUCUGUUGUCUUAAGCAAAUGAUCGUCUAUAGUAUAUUCUAAAUGUGCAGUUGCCUUUUACUUAAUUGAAAAUUGAAAGUAGAGUUUUUUUCCCAAUAUUGGGAAGGAUCUCUGUAGUAAUGCAUAUUCUGCAGAAGUGUUUGAACUUCAAGCUUUUCAAAAGAAGUCUAAUAAGUAUUUUUAUUUAGAGUUGUUUUUCAUGACUAUUGACCUGUAGAUUUAGAUUCUUUAUUUAAUUUUGGCUUCAAACAACAUGCAAAUACCGUUGGGUUUAGAUAUUUUGGGAGCUCAUUGGUCCAACUUUUUGAAUUAAAUGCAUAGCAAGUAUUUGGUAAAGAACCCCAGGAUGUCUUGAUCGCUAUUUUAUAACGCCUGAGCAAACUAUGCUCUUUUGUUCCUGGCUGUAGGUGUGGUGCCUCACAUUGUUCACAAUUAUUGCUUUAUUACAGCAUUUGUUGUUAAACUAGGGUUAAAUUGAGCCAAGAAAAGGAAAAUCAAUACUGUUAGUUCAUGUUCUUCAUUUGACUCUUACUUGAUUCUCCUUCUCUCCAAUAGAUUUGGUAGAAAAAUGGUGAUGAGACCCAAGAGGAAGAUUUAGAGGGCAGUGAUUUGAAUGGUGUGGCAAAUGGGAGUGGGAUAGUGAUGUUACGUCUUUAACUUUUGGAUUGUUAGAUGUGAUUUUGUAGCUGUAAGUCCAAUAAAGUGGCAAAGAGAAAGACUUGUAUUUGAGCUCUGUUAGCGCUUUAUAGUUAUAUUUGCUCUUGAUGACCAGUGAUCUGUAGGUUUGGGUUCUUUACUUUUUUUUUAUUCAAUUAGUACAUAACUCAGUUGAAUCCUAAUAACUUGGGAGCUCAUUGGUCUAUUAAAGUGGAAAACUGUCCACUUAGCCGAGCUGAACAAAUUAGGCAUUCACAACCUCCCAUGAAGGUAGUAGGGUUGUGGAACCCUACUCGUACUAAAAUAAAUAAUAUGGGAAACUGAAGUGGUGAAAACAUUUUGGUCUAUUACAAUCUACUGGAUUUUCUCCUAUUACUUAUUUGGAUUUUCAGCUAAAAAGUAGGUAAAUGAUUCUACUUUAGAGUCUGAUCUUAUCUUUCCUUAGUAGAACUCUGUAAUAAAUUAAUAGCAUAUUGUAUGUUUUCUCUUUUCCCUCCUCCUUUCCUUUCUAUUAGUAUUUCUUGACAUUUUUGUCUCUGGCUUUUUUAGCUUCUUGAUAUCUUUCUGCUCCAAUUUGUUUGACAUGGGAAUUUCUUUACAGGUAUUAGUCUAAGAAAUGGAGUUGGACAGCAUUAAAGAUGCAUUUGAUCGUGUGACGAAGAAGCAGAAAUUAUCUUCUUCCAAAAGUCAUGAAGUAGUUGAUCAAAUUCAUCUGGAACUGGAGCAGGUGCUACAAAAAAUACAGUUGGCUGAUAAUCCUGAAUGUCCAGUUGAUCUGAAGUCGGUUUUUUCUGAACUCAAAACUAAAUUAAAAGAUAUUGCCCCACUCACUCAGCUUGAAAGCACGCAGAAGGAGUUGAAUACCGCUUUGACCAAGUAUCCAAAGCUUGUUGAAAAAUCUUUCAAUCCAGAUAUAUCGAAAGCUUAUAGAAAUGUUGAUUUUGAUAGGCAUACUGUUAACCAGAUUAUUGCUAGUCAUUUCUAUCGUCAGGGUAUGUUUGAACUCGGUGACUGCUUUAUAAGUGAGGCUGGCGAAUCAGAAUCUGCUGCCUCGAUGAGAUCUCCAUUUCAGGAAAUGUAUCAGAUCCUUGAAGCCAUGAAGUCCCGGAAUCUAGACCCAGCUCUGAACUGGGCUCUGAAUAACUCAAAUAAACUUAAUGAAUGUGGUUCAGAUCUUUUGCUCAAACUUCAUAGCAUGCAGUUCAUGGAGAUUCUACAGAAUGGAGAUAGACAUGACGCUUUGAAGUAUGCUAGGACGUACCUGGCCCCUCUUGCAUCUAACCACCUGGCUGAACUUCAGAAGCUUAUGGCUUGCCUCUUGUGGACUGGAAGGCUUGAUUGCUCCCCAUAUUCCCAAUCACAAUUAUUGUCAGUAACCAAUUGGGAAAAAGUUGCUGAGGAGCUUAUAAGACAGUUCUGCAAUUUUCUUGGUCAGUCCUACGAGAGCCCAUUGGGCGUGACAGUUGCAGCAGGGGUCCAGGGCUUGCCUCCCCUCUUGAAAUUUAUGAAUGUCAUGGCUGGGAAGAAACAGGAAUGGCAAUCUAUGAAGCAGUUGCCUGUGCCGGUGGAGUUGGGCAGAGAAUUUCAGUUCCAUUCCAUCUUUGUUUGUCCGGUGUCAAAGGAACAGUCAACUGAAGAAAAUCCACCAAUGUUGAUGCUGUGUGGACAUGUCCUCUGUAAGCAGUCUAUCAUGAAGAUGUCUAAAAACAGCACAAAAUCGUUUAAGUGCCCGUAUUGUCCUACAGACAUCGAUGCUACACGGUGUAGGCAAUUGUACUUUUGACACAUACACAAAAGUCAUGGUUAAUGUUGUAUGAAACUUCCUCUCUUCAACUGAACCGAUAUUUGCUGGAUUUAGUUGUAUGGUGUAACAAAGGGGGUGUGAAAUGGGGGGAAAUGAUGGUCAGUUGUGUACUGUUUGUUGCUGUAUUGGUUGUAAAUACAUAUUCUUUCUACAUGUUGGGAAUUUAGAGCAACUCACUCCACAGACAUCUUUUAAGUUUGGUAGAUUUACAGCAUGGGAGUUUGCUUAGCUGCUUCUGGAGCUCAUCUCCUAUCAAAUAAAUAUAUAUUCUCCAUUUUUCUUU